UCUGAUUGGGCGGGUGGGCGAGAGCGGCGACAUCCGGGCCCUCGGGGAAAGGCGCAGGGAGCGGCGGACCCGAGAGGGAACCAGCCCGGGGCUGGGAGGGUCCCGGGUGCGAGCCGGGCCGAGGGGGCCCGGGUGCCUCUCUCUGAUCCCCCCACUUGGCCUGCCUUCCCUUGGCAGGAGACGGGCGCCAUGGCGGAGCCGCGGAAGGAGGAAGAGGAGGAGGCCGAGGAGCGGGGCAAGCGGGAGCCGGGCCACCGGGCCACCGUCGCGGCCAAGAACUUGGCCAUCCUCAAGGCCCGCUCCCUGGACGUCACCUUCGAGGUGGGGGACGAGUACGAGGUCAUCGAGACCAUCGGCACUGGGGCCUACGGCGUGGUCAGCUCCGCCCGCCGCAGAUCCACAGGCCAGCAGGUGGCGAUCAAGAAGAUCCCCAACGCCUUCGAUGUGGUGAUGAACGCCAAGCGCACCCUCCGUGAGCUCAAGAUCCUCAAACACUUCAAGCACGACAACAUCAUCGCCAUCAAAGACAUCCUGAAACCCGCCGUGCCCUAUGACGACUUCAAAUCUGUGUACGUGGUGCUAGACCUGAUGGAGAGCGACCUUCACCAGAUCAUCCACUCCUCCCAGCCCCUCACACUGGAACACGUCCGAUACUUCCUCUACCAGCUGCUCCGGGGCCUCAAAUAUAUCCACUCGGCCAACGUCAUCCACCGGGACCUGAAGCCCAGCAACCUGCUUAUCAACGAAAACUGCGAGCUGAAGAUCGGCGAUUUUGGCAUGGCCCGGGGGCUGUGCACCAAGCCCGAUGAGUACAAAUACUUCAUGACGGAAUACGUAGCCACACGGUGGUACCGGGCCCCGGAACUGAUGCUCUCCCUCCACGAGUACACUCAGGCCAUCGACAUGUGGUCCGUUGGCUGCAUCUUCGCUGAGAUGCUGGGCCGCAAGCAGCUCUUCCCCGGGAAGAAUUACAUCCACCAGCUGCAGCUGAUCAUGACGGUGCUGGGCACGCCGUCCGCCAAGGUGAUCCACGCUAUCGGGGCCGACCGGGUGCGUGCCUACAUCCAGAGCCUGCCCUCCCGCCAGCCAGUGCCCUGGGAGAGCCUCUACCAGCAGGCCGACCGCUCGGCCUUGGCGCUGCUAGCCAAGAUGCUGCGCUUCGACCCCCGGGAGCGGAUCGCCGUGGCCGAGGCCCUCAAGCACCCCUUCGUGGCCAAGUACCACGACCCGGACGAUGAGCCCGACUGCGUGCCCGCCUUCGACUUCGACUUCGACAAGCAAGUGCUCACCAAGGAGCGCAUCAAGGAGGCCAUCGUGGCUGAGAUCCGCGACUUCCACGCCCGCCGCGAAGGGAUCCGCCGGCAGAUCAGUUUCAAGCCCGCCCUCCGGCCGGCCGCCAUCACCGCCGCCGCCUCGCCCACCGCCGCCGCCCCCUUGCGCUGCCAGGAUGUGGACAUGCCCAGUGCGGGAUCCACCGGGGGAGACUACGCCAUGGAGUCGCCAGCCCCCGGGGAAGUCCCGUACCCUCCGGAGACCAUCGACCUGACUUCGCCUGGGGCUCCCCCGCAGCCCGAGGGGCCGGCCGAGGUGAAGGCGGAGCCGGAGGCGGUGCCACCCAAGAGGGAGGGGGCCAUCUCAGACGACACCAAGGCGGCGCUCAAGGCGGCACUGCUGAAGUCGGCUCUGCGCAAUAAGAACAAAGACACCCAGUGCUCUAUGCCGGAGGCCCCGGACGUGCGGAAGCCGGUGACGGCCCAGGAGCGGCAGCGGGAGCGGGAGGAGAAGCGGAAGCGACGCCAGGAGCGGGCCAAGGAGCGGGAGAAGAAGCAGAAGGAGAAGGAGCGGAAGGAGCUGCGGCGCGGGGACGUGCUGGGUGGGCUGGUGCUGAGCGAGAACGACCGCAGCCUGCUGGAGCGAUGGACCAAGAUGAUUGACCGGAACCACCAGAAACCGGCUCCCAAUGGGCCCAUAGACCAGGUUCUGGCUGUGCCUGCCGGGCCCGUUCCACCGGGAGCCACCGGCCACCUCCCAGCUACACCCGCUAGUCACGUUCCAUCGGGAGCCACUGGUCAACUCCCAGCCACACCUGCUGGUCACGUUCCGUCGGGAGCCACUGGCCACCUUCCAGCCACGCCUGCUGGCCAUGUAACACUGGGAGCUGCUGGCCAACUCCCAGCCACCCCUGCUGGCCACCUUCGACCAGGAGCCACUGGCCACCUCCCAGCCACUCCUGCUGGCCACCUUCAACCAGGAGCCGCUGGCCACCUCCCAGCCACCCCUGCUGGCCACCUUCGACCAGGAGCCACUGGCCACCUUCCAGCCACCCCUGCUGGCCACCUUCGACCAGGAGCCGCUGGCCACCUCCCAGCCACUCCUGCUGGCCACGUUCCACCGGGUGCCAUUGCCCACCUCCCAGCCACGAGUUUCCCCGAGAAGGCGCCAGCCGGUGGUGGCCCCAAACUCACCGUACUGCCGAUAGUGACAGAUCCAGCCCACGGCUCGGUCCCCAACAUGGUCCAGUACUUCCCGGCCCCGCCCGGCUCCUUUCCUCCGGUUCUGGUGGCCCCCACAGCUUGCCACAAAGCUUUGGCUAAACCCGAGUGCCUUCUGAGUGUCAAAUAUGCCCCGGGUCAGAUCUUCCAGGCCCCCUUUGGCCUGGCGGGGAUCAGCGCAUGGCCCGGUGUCCAGUGCCCAGAGAACUGGGCUGUGGCCGGGAGGCCGGCACCUGGGGAAGUCCCGACAACGCCUAGCGGGGCACCGCUACAAGAGGGGCCAUCAGUCCGCGCCGUGGGCAGCCUUGUGACACCAGGCAGGGAGGGUGUGGGGUUAGAUCCGGCCGCUUUCCUGCAGGAGAUGGGGAAGAGGGCACCAGACCCAGCAGUGGGAGGAGUCAAAGGGCCCUGCCAGCACCCGAUCGCCACAGCCGCGUCGCCAGAAACCGCACCCACCACGGAGUCGCCUGACAUCACCAUGGUCACCCACCAGCUUUCCAAGUCGCAGGUGGAGGAUCUCCUGCCGCCAGUCUUCUCGGUGACACCCAAGGGCAGCGGCGCAGGCUACGGCGUGGGCUUUGACCUGGAGGAGUUCCUGAAUCAGUCCUUCGACAUGGUGGGGGAGAACAGGGACAGCCAGGGCGAUUCAGCCCCUCUCUCGGCCUCCCUGCUGGCUGACUGGCUCGAGGUCCAUCGGAUGAACCCUGCCGAUAUGGAGUCCCUCCAGCAGGAGCUGCAGCUGGGUUCUCCCAUGAUCCUCUCCGACAUUCCUGACCUCCAGGAUGCCUGAGGCUGAGAUCCCAGCUCCCUUGUGCCUCCCCUUCCCAUGGGGGGGGAGGGUGGGGCCGGGACCAACCCCCUUCUUCCCCUCCCCCUGGGGUCAGGACCGGCUAUGCAUCAGGGUCUCGAUGGGGCAAGCAACAAGUAGACACUUCCCCCUCCUGAUUGCCUGGGUCCAUUGCUGGAUUUGCCUGCUGUCCUGUCAGGUCUCAUGUUAGGCAGGGUCAGGAGGGCUCCACGCAUUGCUGGGAGAGCUUGACCCAGUGGGCACUGUGCUGUGGGGCAGGGGCUUACAGGGGUGCCGUCCCCUGGGAGUCAGUGCUGGCCCUGAUGUCCCAGAGCACCACUAGGGGGCAGUGCAGUGCAGCAUGAGUGUGUUUUGAUUUCCUUCCUGAUCCCUCUGAAUUGCCCUGGAGCAUGAGCGUGGCUCACACCUGUUUGACUCUUACUAAACCGAGCUGCCUAGGGAAUCCCCGCCCUCGGUGGAAUGGGCCAGCGCUGCUGAGGCCUCGGUUUGAUCCCCGCCCACGCUGCAGCGUCGAGGAUUUAGCCCGGGCUUGGUCCCGUGGGAUGUGAAUUAUCAUCCUGCUGCGUCAGCUCAGCUGUCUCCUUUCAUUUCCCUUCUCCUAAUUCCUACCUCCAUCUCCCUCCUCUGACUCUGAUUUCUCAUCCUGUCCCCUAACAGCCACCUUGCUCCCCCACCGAUCCUGAUCCUUACAGCCAUUUAAACACCUAACUCUGACCAGGAUCUUUAGGAGCACAGAUCUUGCUGGAAGUCAGUAGGGUUUAGGAUCCUAAUGACUUGGAUCGCUGUGGGAUUCAGGAGCCUAAAUCCUGUAAGCCAUUUGGAUGGUAUCUCUUCUUGCGUCAAUCUAAUCCCCACCCCCUUCAGUGGAGACGGAGAACAGCUGAUUGCUGUCCUCUUGUAACAGCUCUGAACAUCUUUGAAAACUGUUUUCCGGUCCCCCUUCCGUGUUCUUUUCUCUAGACAAACCGUGCCGUUUUUUUAACCUUUCCCCGUAGGUCAGGUUUCUAAACCUUUGGUCAUUUUUGUUUCUCCCCUCUGGACUCUGUCUAAUUUGUCCACAUCUUUCCUAACAUGGGGCAUCCAGCACUGGACACACCGCUCCAGCUGAAAUCUCACCAGGGCCGAGCAGAGGGGAGAAUCGCCUCCCAUGUCUUACAUAUGACAUUCCCGUUAAUGACAAGAGCCUUUUUCGCCACUUUCAUUUAGAGUGACAUUUUCAAGUGCAAACCCCGCAAAUUCGGUGUAACCAAAACCUUUCAGAAAGUUGGCUUUGGUUUUGCUGAAUUGUUUUGGUUGGAAAACCAGCCAAAAAACUCCAACGGGCGAAAAAAAUACAUCUUAGAGCUGAAAUGUUUUUGUUUUUUUAAUUCCAAAUUUAAUAUAAUUAAAAAAAGAAAUAAAACCAGAGAGCCGCAGAAACCUUUUGUUUUCACACUUUCGGAGUCGAGUUUUCUCUUUGAAGCGGCUAUUCGUUCAGAAAUUACCUGUGAAAAGGUAAAAAAAAAACAGCUCAAAAUAGUUUGACUGAAAACAGAUUUUUUUUCUUUUUGAUUUGCCAAACGUUUUUAAAAAUUGCGUUUUCUAUUUGACCCUAAAUUAUUUUUUCUUUUCUUUCAAAAAACCAAAAACUCCAUUAUUUGUCCAACUGUAAUUCCACCAGUUUACUCUGGUCCCCACUCUGUGUUGAAUCUAAUCUCCAAUCCCCUCUUUACUUUCCUAAUAUAAUCCCCAUUCUUAUUGUUUUAACCUGUCCAAUCUAAUCCCCACUCUCAGUGUCUCAUGUAAGACGUAUUCUCCUUUUAAUCUACCAAAUUUAACCCCCAAUACAAUCUCUUCCCCUUUUCACCUGCAUAAUCUAAUCUCAUUCUCAAAUCUAAUCCCUGAAAGCUGCUCAGAACUUUUUUUUAUUAAAACAACUGGUUUCCAUUUAAAAAAAGCCGUUUUGACAACACUGAUUUCCCCCCACAAAUGGUAUCAUUUCAACUCACUGUUGUUUGCAGAAAUAGAAUGUUUUAUUUGAAAAUGUAACAGGUUUCAAUAUUUUGUUUGGGAAUGACCUUUCAUUUUGAUAUUUAUUUUAUACCAAACAAAAACAAAGAAAUUCCUCAUGUUUUGAAUGAACCAAAAUGAAACAUUUUGACCCAAA